UGAGUGCAGUAGAAUUCUCAGUCCAGACCUGGAAGCGGUGGCCGUGGGCCAGAGACCUGGGUGUCCCUCAUUGUUGGCACAUCCUGCCGGGGCUCCCACCCGGCUGUCUCCAGUGACGGCACACCCCUUUUCCCUGGCCAAACCCAGAUCCUGAGCCCGGAAUCGGGACUGGAACACACUGCACCCCGGAAACCAUGGGACCCCGGAUAGGGUCAGUGGGUGAGGAGCCCCAGAUGCCAGACCACGAUGCCAAGGCCGCACUGGGGGCGGAAGACACGACUGGACACGGGGCCAACCCUGAGCCGCAGGACAAGCGGCCAAGUCUUUUCCACAACAUCAAGUUCUUCCUGCUGUGCCACAGCCUGCUGCAGCUGGCCCAGCUCAUGAUCUCCGGCUACCUCAAGAGCUCCAUCUCCACCGUGGAGAAGCGCUUCGGCCUCUCCAGUCAGAUCUCGGGGCUGCUGGCCUCCUUCAACGAGGUGGGGAACACCACCCUGAUCGUCUUUGUGAGCUACUUCGGCAGCCGGGUCCAUCGGCCCCGAUUCAUUGGCUGUGGGGCUAUCCUGGUAGCCCUAGCAGGCUUGCUCAUGAGUCUGCCCCACUUCAUCUCAGAUCCCUACCGCUAUGAGGGCGCCAGCCCCGAGAGCGCACUGCAGGACGCGGAGGACUCCCUGUGUGUGCCCACCACCACGGGGCCCGCCUUUGCGUCCACCCCCUCCAACAGCAGCUGCUCCAGCCGCGCUGAGACGAAGCACCUGACAGUCGUGGCCAUCAUGUUCGUGGCGCAGACCCUGCUGGGCGUGGGCGGAGUGCCCAUCCAGCCCUUCGGCAUCUCCUACAUCGAUGACUUUGCCCACCAGAGCAACUCGCCCCUCUACCUGGGAGUGCUGUUUGCGAUCACCAUGAUGGGGCCUGGCCUGGCCUACGGGCUGGGAGGCCUCAUGCUGCGUCUCUACGUGGACAUUGACCGCAUGCCACCAGGUGGGAUCAGCCUGACUUCGAAGGACCCCCGAUGGGUGGGUGCCUGGUGGCUGGGCUUCCUCAUCGCUGCCAGUGCAGUGGCCCUGGCUGCCACCCCCUACUUCUUCUUCCCCAGGGAGAUGCCCAAGGAGAAGCAUGAGCUCCGCUUCCGGCGCCGGGGCUUGGCAGUGGCCGCCUCACCAUCUAACAAUGAUGAGGACCUUCCCCGUGAGCAGAGCCCUGGAGAGGUCCCAGAGAAGCGAGAGGGCUUAGCCCAGAUGGCGCCUGACCUGACUGUGGUCCAGUUCAUCAAAGUCUUCCCCAGGGUGCUGCUGCGGACCCUGCGUCACCCCAUCUUCCUGCUGGUGGUGCUGUCUCAGGUGUGCAUGUCCUGCACGGUGGCGGGCAUGGCCACCUUCCUGCCCAAGUUCCUGGAGCGCCAGUUCUCCAUCACCGCGUCCUACGCCAACAUGCUCAUCGGCUGCCUCUCCAUCCCCUCGGCCAUCCUGGGCGUCGUGGUGGGCGGAGUCCUGGUCAAGCGUCUGCGCCUGGGCCCCAGGCACAGCACCGUCCUGUGCCUACUGGGGGCGCUGUUCUGCCUGCUUUUCAGCCUGCCCCUCUUCUUCAUGGGCUGCUCCACCCACCGGAUCGCGGACGUCACCGACAGGCUGGGGGCCCCUCCAGGGCUGGAGCUAUAUCCAAGCUGCAAGGAGGUCUGCGCCUGCCCCUCAGGGGACUUUAACCCAACCUGUGAUACCAGCACACGCGUGGAGUACCUCACACCGUGCCACGCAGGCUGCACAGCCCGGGUCACAAAGGUCGACCCGGACAAAGACCAGGUCUACUACACCAACUGCAGCUGCGUGGCUGGAGGCGGCCACGUGCUGGCGGGCUCCUGCGACUCGGCCUGUGGCCACCUGCUGCUGCCCUACAUGCUCCUGACCAGCGUGGCCGCAGCGCUGGCCAGCCUCACUCACACCCCAUCCUUCAUGCUCAUUCUCAGGGGCGUGAAGAAGGAAGACAAGUCCCUGGCCGUGGGGAUCCAGUUCAUGCUCCUGAGAGUUCUGGCCUGGAUGCCCAGCCCCGUGAUCCACGGCAGCGCCAUCGACACCACCUGUGUGCACUGGGCCCAGAGCUGUGGCCGCGGCGCUGUCUGCCGCUACUAUGACCUGGACCUGCUCCGGAACCGGUUCAUCGGCCUCCAGUUCUUCUUCAAGUCGGGCUGCCUGAUCUGCUUCGUCCUGAUCUGGGCCAUCCUCCGGCAGCAGGACCAGAAGGAGGACGCCCCGGAGAACAGCCCCACCCCAGCCCUGCUGCAGCAGGCGUCGGAAACGAAGAAGAAGACACAAGAGUCCCGGGUGUGAAUGGAACCCAGGGCAGCAGCUACCUGCAGGACGGCCUCUGUCUGAGCCCUUGGCAGUGGAGGCCUGUGCUCCCAUUCUCAGCCCUCCACUGACUUGCUGGGUGACUUCGGACAAGUCACUGACCCUCUCUGGGCCUUUGCUAGGAAACUCAAGCCAAAUUGCCAUGGCGGCUGCUUCUGAAACAAGAGUUUCUCCCCGCCGCACAGGCGACCGGGGAAUCAGGUCUGCCUAAAGCUGGAGAAGUGGACAUAGGAGUGGACUGCCCUGCCCAGCCCUGAUGUCAGUCGCCUCCUCAGUGCGGCAGAAAUGGGCUUGCCUGCUUUAGCUUGAGUCCACCGGCGGCGUAUGUCCACCUGGCGGACUCAGGUCCCCUCCCCUGCGACGCCUCCCAGAGGAGCCGGGGCCACAGGUCCUCAGUCCAGAACCAGCCACUUGGCGCCCCCUGGAGGUGGGGGUGUGCACGGUUCUGAGAGGUGGCAGGUGAGGAGGAAGGCGGGUCUCUCCCUACCCCCAGCAGAGGGGUGUGACCAAUCCCACCCUUCUGUGGCCACGUCAGGGUCUCCGCCCCAGGCUCUGGUGAGGAGGGAAACUGGGCCCCCACGGGGGCUUUUCCUACCAUUGAGGACCAAAUGUGGGUGCAAACAUUAGCCAGGAUCAUCACGGUCAAGUUCUCACAGUAGGGCCAAGGAGAGCACAGCAGGCUUCAACCUGCCUUCAACCCCCAGCACCAUGGAGGGCCUUGAGCCCCACCAAGAGCAUCCUGAGUGCAAGCCAGGUGAAGUCCUGAGCAUUGCUAGGUGUGGCCCCAAGCCCAAGAUAUACACUCAAGAGAUCUCACACGGAGCGGGGACCAGAGCCAGAGGACAGCGGGUUGAGUGUUUGCCUUGCUCACAGCCGACCUGGGCUGGCUUCCCGGCCUCCCAUAUGGUCCCCCGAGCACCACCAGGAGUGAUCCCUGAGUGCAGAGCCAGGAGUUACCCCUGAGCAUCACCGGGUGUGACCCCACACCAAAAAUACAUAAAGUAAAUAAAAGCUCUCCUAUGAGUGACGAGGCCCAUUCACAUCACAGUGACUUCUGUUCCUCGAACCCCGAUUUCACCAUUCCCUCCUCCCGGCGGCUGGGGGCUGAGUCUCCAGGAAGCGUGGCUCCAUGUCUCUUGAGCUUGGGGAUCUCCAGGAUGCCUGUGGGUGAGGCUGUGUCCCCUGGGAGACCUGGGAGGCUGGGGGUAGCAGUUCCAGCUCUGGGCGCUGAGCAGAUGGGCAGGGCUCUUGGCUCUGAACCCUCUCGGUUCUUUUCCUGCAUCAGACUUGGUCUUGUUCUGUAGCCAGUCUUAGCCGAUGUGGUUCCUUCCCUGCAAGGAGGGACCUGCUUCUAGACUGUUCUAUGGCUACCAUGUAUCACACCUGGCUGGGGUCCUCCAGUCAAGAGGCAGGACACAGGCCUGAGCAGGGAACUUGGGGAGAAACUGGUGGGAUGGGGGCUGGGGUCCACAUGACUCGGGCUCCAAGAAGACUUUGAGGCUCUCACAUGAAAGAUGAGGGCAGUACAGAAGUUCUCGUUCCUAUUUUUAUUCUCUCGCUCGAUGCGAUGCCUGAUAAUGUUGAACAAAUAUCUGAGCCCGUAUUUAUCAAUGACAAGAAUUUCAAACUCCUCUCCAACGAGAUGAGGCUGCUUGUAAAUUUAUAAUUCUUUCUCCCUCCCAGACUUUGCAGAAAUAUGCUGGAGUUAUCGAUAUAGCUUA